UCGACCGAUCAAGCACUUAUAUCAUCUAGAUGUGACGACAUUUAAAAAAAAAAUUAUUUUAAAUUUCACAUAUCUAUUAAUAUGUAUACGCGCGUGCAAAGGGUUUGUGCUCUCUUGACGAAAAAUUAGUGGAAUGCAAUGCUGUUAUUAGCGCAAAUUAAAAACUAAAAUAAUAAGAAAAAUUUAAAAGAAAGAAGCAUCUUUUACAAUAGGUUCAUCAUGUACUUAUGUAAUUAUUUGAAUACAUUUAGCUUGUGCGGCUGUAUGCGUACAUUGCCUGCAAUGCCACGCGAAACAUGCCGCCCAAAAAUUGCCCUUGGUAGAGGGAUGGAUGGACGAAUCAUUCUAAUAAUUCUUAGCCAUUAGGCAGUCUUUUUUUUCUGUAUUGACGACGUCAAAUGACAUUAAACUUGAACGUGUCCACUUCUGCAGACAUUCGUGCAAACGUCUAGUUUGAAGAAAUUUCAUCAGCACUUGAUAGAUGAUAAGAGAUAAGACCAGCGAAGAGUGAAAAAGAUUGUAACAUUGCUUGGGGCGAAAGCUAAAACUUCUGAAAAUUACAUGCCAAUCGACAUUAAUUGGUCUCUUAAGAACGACGUGGAGCAAAAUAUUCAGCAGACGUCUAGAGCUUCAUCUCUUACAACAGGAUGAGUCUUGACUUUCUAGAAGACCUAUCUAGCAACUAUGAGAACGCAUUACUCCUAAGCGGCUUCGGAAAAUUUCAUUUAAUGCUGCUAACUAUAUGUGGCCUGAUUUAUAUGAACACGGCGGUUGGAGUGACAAUACUGUCCUUUGUUCUGCCGUCAGCAACAUGUGACUUUCAAAUGACAUCAGAAGAUAAAGGAUGGCUUUCAGCAACACCCAUGCUUGGUAUGUUGAUUGGAUCAUAUUUUUGGGGAUGCCUCGCCGAUACGAAAGGUCGAAGAAUCGUCCUCGUAGCUACAUUAAUCGCCGACGGAGUUUGUGGUUUACUGUCAUCUAUAGCACCCUACUAUUUACUCUUCCUAUUAAUUCGAUUUUUCAAUGGCUUCAAUGUAGCUGGCACAAUGGGUAUUGUUUUCCCUUACCUUGGAGAAUUUCAACCCACUAAAUAUCGGGAAAAAAUACUGUGCUGGAUGGAGCUAUUCUGGACGUUCGGUAUUAUAAUGUUACCAGGCAUCGCGUGGGGGAUAAUCCCUAGGUCCAUUAAUUGGAAAUCAGGAAUAUUUUUCUAUCACAGUUGGAAUCUUUUCGUAGCGAUGUGUGCCGUUCCAAGCCUGGUACUCGGAUUGUGGCUGUUAGCAUUUCCGGAGAGUCCCAAAUUUCUACUCGAACAUGGGGAAUCGGAUAAGGCUCUAGAAAUAUUGAUUCAUAUUUUCGUUAAGAAUACCGGUCAAAAGCCAGAAGAAUAUGCAUGCAAAAGUCUGCGAGGACCGAUAAGAUCAGGCAAAAGUGUACGCAGCUUGCGACUUCAUAAUCCUAACGAACUUAAGGAAUUGCUUGCCGAAAUUUGGUCACAAACAAAGACUCUCUACAAGAAGCCUUACUUACGGAACAAUUCGAUAACAUGUGGCAUACAAUUUUGUUUGACAACUAGCUAUUACACUUUGAUGGUAUGGUUUCCGGAGCUUUUCCAACGAUUCGACGAGUUUGAAAAACAAUAUCCCGACGUGUCCGCAUCUGUAUGUGGCGUGUCGUCGAUUGUUGUGUCAAAUUCAACAGUAAUUCCUUGCGAUCAAAACAUUGACGAGAAAGUUUUCUUUCAUACCAUUAUAAUUGGUUUGGCAUGCAUUCCUACUAGUUUCUGGUUACCCCUUUGUGUGCACCGUCUUGGAAUUAAAUUCUUCUUGGUUUUUAGUUUAACAGCAGCAGGCUUCGUUACCAUUGGUUUGUAUUUUGUAAGGAACUCUUUGGAAAAUUUGAUACUCUCCUGCAUCUUUGAGGCUUUAACAUCUUUAAGCAUAAGCACCGUCUAUUGUGUAAUGGUGGAUUUAUUUCCAACAAACCUAAGGGUUAUGGCAGCGGCAAUGUCUAUGACGUUUGGACGAAGCGGCGCACUCUUGGGUAACCUAAUUUUCGGUUUUCUCAUAGACUUUAACUGCAUCAUUCCUAUUAUUAUUUUCUCUGCUAUGUUAUUCGUUAGUGGUUUCUUAUGUUGGCUGUUACCCAAUACUGGAUCAGAAGCUUUAGAGUGAAAAUAAAGAAGCAAUCUUACCAUAAAGAAACUAUAUCGUAUUUUAAACAUAUUUAUUUUAUCAUAUGUAUUAUUAAGAAAAUAAAUUUUGGUAAGUAUGCUUGGCUGCUAUGAACGGAACAAGGAUUUUUGCCGGAAAAGUAGCGACGUCGCGAGCUUAUGGUCGCCUUAUAUUCUAAACUCGCAGUAAUCGAAACUUAUUUGGUCAACUAAGGAUGUGUCAAUCUUAUAGCGCGUUAGAUCAUCUAGAAAAAUAUUUCGAUUUAAUUCCUUUUGUAGGUUACUUACUUUGAAAUCUUUCGCUUUGAACGUUUUCAAAUUCGUAGUAAUACGUAUAAAUAGCAGUAGUGAACUUUAGAAAAAAACUUCUUAAAAGAAAUUUGAAAUAGUAAGUGCAACUAGUACGUCCGUUAUACGUACGAAUUUCAAUGCACUUCCUUGUGCAAUCGUCGACUCCUCCUUUAUAAAAAAAAAAAAUUAUCGUUUACCAUUAUCCGCAUUUGAAGAUAGCGUUAUCUAUAUAUCUAAUCCACAUUCGUUCACAAAAAAUCAUCAACAAAAUACGAGCACUGAAUACGAUCUCUUUAAAUGUACUGUGGAAUAAUUCACAUCACAAAUGGAAGAGGACUAUCUUUCUCUUGACGUCGCCGAAUGAGAGAAAGCGGGUAUGGGUCACUUUCCGCUCAACUCUAGUCAGUCUUUCUAAUAUCUCUCUAAUAUUUAACCCCCUUCUAUCCCCCUACUAGUCCCUACUGGGCUCUCUAAUCAGCCAAGAAGUACUCUCAGCAUUCUGAUGAGAAGUGCAUAACACCAACUCAAAGAGCGAGAUAACAACUUUAGCAUUGACUGACCUCUUGCUAUAUGCCGUAGUCACUCUUGUCUUCGAACUUGCCAUUUCCGUUACCGCAAAGCCAUGAGCAUCACUACGCUUGUACAAGCAGUUAUGACUCAGAAAAAUUAGACCAACAAGGGAUGGCUUCUCCUGUGUCUCACCCCACUUUUACGUCGCGUUACCAUAAGAAGUGGCAGCAGUUUGAGGGCUUCCAUGGUAAAGGACACAUCAUAGGACUCAUUUCAUAAAAGAAAAGAUGCUCCUCUUAGGCAACUCAAGAGAAAAACCCCUUGCCCGUAACGUCCUUAAAAUAUGUAAUUUUCCCGCUACAAAAAAACGACAAGAACAUGGCACUGUUAGGGGAGGACUUAAAACUUAAUACUGAGCGCACUACUAAACCAACAAUAUAAUGUUAUAUAAGUUAAGUAAUCUGUAUGUACAGGAUACCCCUCGCAAUUUUUGUUUGAUAAAAUCACUUACUUGACAAGCUUCAGCGAUCUUUUCGCUUGCGUUUGUCUUCACCCAUAAAUAAAUGUUUGCAAUAAAUUAUAAAUUCAAUGUAACAUAUGGACAUUAACUUACGUCAUAAAAUCAAACAAGUGAGUAAAGCUACAAUUGAAUACAAUACUGUAUUGAUAAGGCAACAUUCGCAGAUUCGCAUACGAUUAGAAAUUCAGUGUCAAGUUUUUUUUCGAAACCGUUCAUUUAUUGCAUUCUCCAAGCUUUCCAAAUGAGUUGCGAACUAAUUGAAAAGUCUUUCUUAAAUGCCGCUAAGAAAUAAAACGAAAUUCCAAUAGGUAUUUAUUGUAGAAGCGAACGAAAGCAUACUAAAUUUUUCAAAAGUUUUCGUUCAAUACCUACGUCUGUCGCUAAUUUGUUCAGUUGAAGCUUCGGUUACGCAAACCAAUAUGGAAUCCGAAGUGAUAUUUGUAUCCCUCGAUUGUAUGCAUAACAUUCGGCAAACAGUUUACAAAUUAUGAACGUAAACAACUUCGUUUGGAAAUCUUAGGGAUUUUUCCAUUGCGUUAUUUCGUCUAUAUGUUAUGUUUAAUCAGCGAUAUAGAUCAUAAGCGUGCGUAAAGACUGAAAAGGUGAUACCGUAGAAUAUUUGCGUUUAACAUACACAGUACUUUUGAAAUGCAUUUCUUAAAAGCCACAAGCAGUUAACAAGUGGUAGUUGCGAUAAGAUUCGGUCGCAACUAAAAAGAUUUAUUUUUUCUUGUUUA